AUAUGAAAAGGAAAAAGAAUUACAAGUAUAUGUAUAUCUAGAAACAAAUAGGGACACGUUAUUAUAUCACUUAAACCACUCAAAGUCAAUAAAACGAAACUUCAACGUACCCAAUUCCUGACUUUCUAUACUCCUAUAAUAUCCUUUAUAUUUCCCUCUUUAUAACAAAAGUCACAAUUACAUUCAAAAACAUCUAUCUUAUUCAAAAAGUCUUAACACAACCGCCCAAACAAGAUGUCUACCGAUCACCAAAGGAUCCACCCAGCACCGGACGUGGAAGCGCCACCACCAUCAUCCGCGCCAUUGAUCCCACCCAACACACUCAAGUCCGAUAGCACCGGUCGCGAACACUACCCUCCUUUACCACAUCGAGCCGGCCCUCCACCCGCCUACCCCAUAUCACCCCCGCCAUACAAAUGUAGAAAAAGAAGUUGUUGCUGCCGUGCAUUUUGUUGCAUAUUUUGUACACUACUUGUACUAAUCGUCGCUAUUGGUGCUACAAUAGGUAUACUCUUCCUCAUAUUUCGCCCUAAAAUCCCUGAUUAUUCCAUUGACACCCUUAAAGUCACACAAUUUUCCCCUAACAACAACAACUCUAUAUCCGCCACCUUCGUCGUAAACAUAACCGCUCACAACCCUAACAAACGCAUAGGUAUUUAUUACCUAGGUGGGUCUAGUCUUACUGCUUGGUACAAAGACAUUCAACUUUGUCAAGGGUCAUUGCCUAAGUUUUACCAAGGCCACCGUAACACCACCAAUCUCGACGUCUCGUUAUCCGGUACCAUUAACGAUGCGUCGGGGUUAAGCUCUACAUUGCAGCAACAACAACAAGAUACUGGAAAUAUUCCCUUGGUUUUAAGGGCUAAGGUUCCAGUGAAGAUUAAGUUGGGAAAGUUGAAGUUGAUGAAAAUGAGGUUUAGGGUUACGUGUCACUUAAGUAUUGAUAAAUUAGCUAAUCGAGCUGAAAUUCGAAUUGGUAGUAGCAGCUGCAAAUUUAGACUCAAACGUAUUUUUUGAUUUUUUUUUUGGAAAUUCAUUUUGUUCAUUUCCAUUUUGAUUUUCCAUUUCUCAUUUUUUACAUGAUUUUGAUAUAUUUUUUGUUGCUGUUUAUUAUACUAUUUCUUAUAUUACUAGUAUUAGAUAUUUUAAAUAAAGAUUUGGAGGAUCAUUUGUGGAUCUUUCAUAUAGAUUAUUAUUGUAUAUGAGCGAGCUACAUGUACAUGUUACAUCGACUUUUGAUGGAUAUGCUAUAUUACAUACUAUACAAUGAAUAAGAAUGUUGUACAUUUAUUUUA